AUGGACUCGAUCCCGGGCCGUUCUCUUCGCUCGCAAGAGAAGGACCUGCCGCCCAACCCGCUGCCUUCUCCUCCCGCAUUCCCCUCUGCCCCAGCCGACUCGUUGUCAAACCAGUCGCCGUACCAUCACAUCAACCCUACCCCUAAAUAUGAAGACCGCCCGCUUCCCAGGUUUCCUCGAGUCCCCGUUCCCAAGCGGGAGGAGCCGCCGGUUCCGGCUCCGGCUCCGGCUCUUAUACAACAAGUAACUCCUCCAUCCAGUGAAGACCAGUACCCUAUUCACCCUCAAGAACACGUUCGGCCGAUCGAGGACCCGCUAGAGAGCUAUAUUCCCGAUCCAGAGCCAGAGCCAGAGCCAGAAAUCGACGGUACCAGUACAUAUAUCGAACCGGUUUCAAGCGAAGAGAGUAACGGGCCAUGGACGCCGCCAGAUUACGACCCCGUCGCCGCACCGCUAAACCGAUUACACUAUGCUUGCUACCAGGAACAUCGGUCAAUGCCCACUGCCAACAACCUCUGGCAUCCACUUCCAUGUAUGACCUGCCAGAAAUAUGAUCGAGAAAUUCGAUACCGAUGUGUUUUCUGUUGCCUGCGCAUUUGUGCCAGUUGUUACCAGACGCUGCAGAAAUGCCCGAACCGCUCGCUGGCGCAGCUUAUGAAAACGAUGCCCUCCCACGAGUAG